AUGAAGAACAAUGAAGCUAGACCUGUCGGAUCUGCCCCAUUACCAGAGGCCAAUGAAGUUGAAAAGAAAAAUCCCAACGAGUGCAAUUACAUCCAGAAUGACAAGAGAUCACACGGCAAAGGCCGUGGUGGAUACAGGAACCGUGACAAUUACUCGAACGGUCAAGACAAGUACUUGGCCGGCCGGAAAGGAAACCACAAUAACCGUGGUCGUGGUUCCAAUCCCGGCCGUGGCCGAGGCGGAUAUGGACGAGGUCGAGGCGAGAGUCUUAAGGACAAGAACCCGGAGGCUCAUAUGGUCCAUGAUUCAGGUUAUGAGGCUGAUAAAGAAUCCGAUGUUGCAAAUGACGACCUGAUGGAUUUUGAGACUUCUGAUUGUCUCAAAGACUAA